AUGGGUGUGAUGGCCGUCCGUCUAUUCAUCACGAUUCUCCUCCUAUUCCAUCAAAUUUCUCCGUCGAUUCAACAAAGCGAUCAAUUGGAUCAAUUCACAUCUCCGAUAGAUCGAGAUGAGAUUCGUGAUCGUCGUACUUUGAACUGUAAAAAGGAUUGUCCGGACACCGUUCUCUUGAGAUCUUGUCAAAGAAAUCUGAAUGAAACCCAACAAGAGCUUGUCGAGACUCGAGGAAACAUCCUCGAACUGCAGACGGAAAUCGCAAGAGAGCGGAACGAAACGAAGGACAAAGACGUCGAGAUGAGUCGAUUGACAGCAAAAAUGGCUCAAAUCGAGGCGAACUUAAUGGAGAAAAUCACCGAGACGAAAAGGAAGAACGACGAUCUCGAAGCACAAUUAAAUCGAACGAUGAAUCUCUUGAAACUGGAUGGAUGGUCGUAUUUAGCAAAAACCGCUUCUUCGUACAAGUUUAUCGCCCGACCAAUGACAUUUGAUGAAGCUGAGGAAUAUUGUGCGAGUCAAAAGGACCAUUUAGUCUCAAUUCACAGUCAGGAAGAGAACGAUUUUGUUCAGAAACUCGCGAAAAAUGUUACUUCGAGUCUUGUGUUCUGGAUCGGAAUGAAGAGAAAUCCGAACAAAGAAAAUGCUUUUGAAUGGACGGAUGGAAGUUCGGUGGAUUUCACGAAUUGGAAGGUUGGAGAGCCGGAUUCGAACACCCACGCUUAUCUUUGGAGCAACACUGGGACAUGGGAGGCCUAUUCUCCUACCAAACAGUAUCGUUUUAUUUGCAAAAGGAGCUCUCAGUUC